GUGUUGACCCGCCCUUUCGGCCGCUCCUCCCGUUUGGCUCUAUCCUGUGACGUCACCGUACCAGCGGCCUCCAUCUUGAAGCCGUGGUCUGAGUGUCCGGUCCUCCCGCCCCGGGCAACGGCCUCCCCCGGUAUCCGCCUCCAUCCGGAGCCCGGGACCAACAGUGGCCAGGGGCAGCAUGGCGGGAGCUGGUGGAGGCAAUGAUAUUCAGUGGUGUUUUUCUCAGGUCAAAGGAGCAGUGGAGGAAGAUGUAUCUGAAGCGGAUAUUAUCUCUACGGUAGAAUUCAAUCAUUCUGGCGAGUUGCUUGCUACUGGAGAUAAAGGAGGAAGAGUGGUCAUUUUCCAGCAAGAGAGCAAAAGCCCUUAUCACCGGGGGGAGUAUAGUGUUUACAGCACCUUCCAGAGCCACGAGCCAGAAUUCGAUUACUUGAAAAGUUUAGAAAUAGAAGAAAAGAUCAACAAGAUCCGGUGGCUACCGCAAAAGAACGCAGCACAGUUCCUGUUGUCUACGAAUGAUAAAACUAUUAAGCUGUGGAAAAUCAGUGAACGUGACAAGAGACCAGAGGGUUACAACCUAAAGGAAGAAAAUGGGAGGUAUAGGGAUCCAACCACUGUGACCACACUAAGGGUGCCAGUAUUCCGCCCCAUGGACUUGAUGGUUGAAGCGAGUCCACGACGGAUAUUCGCCAAUGCCCACACGUAUCACAUCAACUCCAUCUCUGUCAACAGUGACUAUGAGACUUACCUGUCAGCAGACGACCUUAGAGUCAACUUGUGGCACCUGGAAAUAACGGAUCGGAGCUUUAAUAUUGUAGAUAUUAAACCUGCCAACAUGGAGGAGCUGACGGAAGUUAUCACAGCUGCCGAGUUCCACCCUCACCACUGUAACACUUUUGUAUACAGCAGCAGCAAGGGCACAAUCCGCCUGUGUGACAUGCGAGAGUCGGCCUUGUGUGAUCGCCACUCCAAGUUAUUUGAGGAGCCAGAGGAUCCCAGCAAUAGGUCAUUCUUCUCAGAGAUCAUCUCUUCCAUAUCCGAUGUGAAAUUCAGCCACAACGGUCGAUACAUGAUGACUAGGGACUAUCUGUCAGUCAAGAUCUGGGACCUGAAUAUGGAGAACAGGCCAGUGGAAACUUAUCAGGUACAUGAAUACCUCAGGAGUAAGCUUUGCUCCUUAUAUGAAAACGAUUGCAUCUUCGACAAGUUUGAGUGCUGUUGGAAUGGGCCUGACAACGUUGUCAUGACCGGCUCCUACAACAACUUCUUCCGGAUGUUCGACCGCAACACCAAACGCGACAUCACCCUGGAGGCGUCACGGGAGAACAGCAAACCCCGCACGGUGCUGAAACCCCGCAAGGUGUGCGCCAGCGGCAAGCGGAAGAAGGACGAGAUCACGGUGGACAGUCUCGAUUUCAACAAGAAGAUCUUGCACACGGCCUGGCACCCUAAGGAGAACAUCAUCGCCGUGGCUACUACCAAUAACCUGUACAUAUUCCAGGACCGAGUCAAUUAGCACUGGCCCCUAGUUCCGCCUAGUUCCAAUAGUCCAGCCUAGAAUUCAUAACCCUGUUCCAAAUCUGAGGAGAAUUUCCAACAGUACGGAAACGUUUUUUUGCCAGUCCCUCCUGGUGUGACUUUUCCAGUGUUUAAGGUGCCAUCGAUAUUCUUUUUAUAGCUGCGCGGGGAGACCCCCCUGCUCCUGUCAUUUUCUUGCCCAGCCGGAUUAACGCUGGGUUUACUGUAUCUCUAUUAUUUUUUUCUUUUUAACCAUCUCGCCUGACUUGUAGAUUUAAUAUGUAUUUUUUUUUUAUUUUGUGAUGUCAAAUGCAGUACAGGCCUUUAUAGUUUAGGAUUGUACCUGUAGGGCGGGGUAGGGUGCCCCCUGCAGUACUAAUGAAAAGAAUUUUGUUACUUUCUUAUAUUAUUUUUUUCCCCGUACAAAGGUGUCUUUGUUUAAUUUUUUAUCCACUAGAUUUUUUUUCAUUCUAUAGCUUUAUCAGGUUCAUUUGCCACCCCCUUUUUUUGUCCUUUCUCUCUCUCUGGGGCAUAUUGAUCAAAGAGUGAAGUUAGAGAUCACCAGUCCACUAGUGUGAAAUUCCGAACUCUCCAUUCAUUUCUAUCGGUUUUUUAAAAGACUAUCAAUGGGUGAAAGUUCAUCCUUUGAUAAAUAGGCCUUUCAACAUCCCAUAGAAAUGAAGAGAGUGGCGGAAUUUCACUCUAGUGGACUGUGGUGAUCUCUAACUUCACUCUUUGCUAAAUAUACCCCUCUCUUUCUCUCUCGCUCUGUUCUACUUUUGUUCGUCUCCUGCCCUUCCCUCUUCCUGCGCUGGUAUAAAUCCAACAGCUAUAAAGCACACAGGGAAUUGGGUUGACCUUGGCAGGGUUGAUGGGAUUGGUGGGAGGGGAAGUUCUAUGGCAGAAAGUUGUGCAUCGGUCACACUUUUUAAUGACAACCUGACUGUAUUCACUUCUUGCCUUCUCUGGGCACUGAAAGGGGGUGGGACAAAAGGAUUUAAGGAGAAAAAAAAAACAAACAAAAAUAAUAAAAAGCCAAAAAACGAAGGAUAAAAACUACUGAAUAAAAACCAUGGAGAAA